UGAUCUGCUGCUCACUGCGGAAACUGCAGCGGUGAUCACAUCCCUUUCGCCUUUCCCAGAAACCAGUGUAAACACUGCCAUUCACUUCAGCCUCGCCUCCUUCGAACGCUAUACACACUUGCUAAAAUGCUCGUACCUUCCUCCCUCAUGCUCGCCCUCGCCGGCGCAAGCAUCGUGACCGCGUCACCGCACAACGUCACCCCUCGCAACCCCCUUGUCUCGCGCCAAGCUGCCCGUGGCCUCGACUGUACCCAGUCGACCGACGACCACACAAAGUUCAUCUCGGACAGCGGCAUUCUCUACGAGCUUCUCUGCAAGACCGACUACCGCAACAGCGACCUUUCAUCAUCCCCGCAGCCUACGCUCAAUGACUGCGUCAACGCGUGCGAUGCAAACAAGGCCUGCAUCUCGUCCGUCUGGGACGGCUCCACCUGCUACCUCAAGAAGCAACUAUUCCAGAGCAACUCAAACCCCAACACCAUGACCGCCAAGCGCGUAUUCAUCGCCUCUUUAUGCCAGCCUGAUCAGGGGAACGGCUACCCGUACCCUACAGCUGCGGGCAUCUUCCGCGUCGGCUGCGGCCUGGACUACUUCAGCGGCGACCUUUCCUCUGCACCCGCCAUGCGUCUCGAGGAUUGCAUCCAGUCCUGCGCCAGAACUGCCGGGUGUGUGGGCGCGACAUUCGACCACGACACGUGUUUCCUCAAGAGCUCACUCGGCAGCGUGCGUCAGAGUGAUUCUGCAUCGUCGGCCGUCAUGGCACUGGACUGUGUGACCAAGGCGAGUGAUGGCACAGGUUACCCGCUUGUUUCUGGUAGUAAGUACACGGUAAAGUGUGGUGCGGCACCCAAGACUUCGGACCUGUCGAGCACGUACACGCUGAGCUUCGAAGACUGCAUCCAGGCUUGCGACAAGAAGACGGCUUGUGCCACAGCGGUGUGGAGCGCGGGAAAGUGCAGCUUCAAGGCUGCUAGUCCGACGGCAGCGUGGGACCAGAGCAGCAGGUACUGGACUGCGACCAAAAACCUCUAGGUGAUAUGUGUGACGCAAGAUGUUUAUGCGAGAAACGAAGUUCGGAGUACCGGGCGGUUCGAUAUGAAAUGAUCGGAUUUGUAUAUAGAAGUAGUACCAGAUAGUUUGAUUGUAUAUAAGACGCUUCUG